AUGUUCGAAGCAAGCCCUUCCAACAUAUCCACCCACUACUACAAACUAGCACACAUCAAUUCCAUCAACUACUCCAUCUACACUUCCAAUGGAAACGACCAGUCGCUCCUCGAAUUGGAGCUCCUCAUCAGGCACAACCAUCCCAAGAUCUUCAUAACCUAUUACAACAAGUGCCUCUACCACUUUACGUUCGGCAACCAGACAGCCAGCGCCGACUUGCCUGAGCUCGUCAAGGGCGUGGAGGCCAAUUUCGACUCCAACGUGUUCGACUCCUCCAAAGAGUACCCCACGCUCCAGUUGAAACACACCAACCUCGUCAACGUGGAUGUGUUGUCGAAUCCGCCCAAGCCGUCGCCCGGCGCCCCAGCGUCUCUUGACGAGAACUUGUCGUUGGCCAACCUAAGCUUCUUGAAGGCGGUGAAGAAGAUGGUGUUAUAUAACCUUUCGUUGCACGGACUAAUCCAACUCUUUGGCAACUACUGUGUUCUCAUUAACGGCAAAAGCUCAGACGGAAUGCACUCCAUCCUCUACCUCGACUCCAUCCUCUUGUCCAAUGGUGAUUUGUUGGUGUCGGUGGUGGUUAAACAGCAGUUGUCACUCUUUAGUUCCAGUGUCUUGGCCAUCGAAAAUGAAAUAGACUCACAAAUCCCGGCACAAACAGACCUACACUUUGUCAUAUAUCUCAUUCCAAGCGGAAUCCGAUGCCAUUUGUUCGACACGGUCAACUUUCAUAAAAAUUUCAUCAAGAAAACGAUAGACAACGAGAAUUUAUUAACCUUGAUAAAACUCAGCACCGGAGUUGACUAUUUCGAGAUGAAGCAAGAGAUUAUAUGGGUAAAAUUAAUCCCCAAUCUCAAGCAUCUUAAUAACCAAACUUCGUCAAUAUGCAAAUUCAUCCAUUCUGUCGACAACAAGAAGUUCAUUCUCUGGCCAUGGAACUUAUGUUUACUUCAGUUUGGGAAGUAUGAAUCCACAGACGAGGAUUUUGAGGAUUCAACAGAUUCGUCAAACACCAACCCAUUGUCAUUGAUAUCAGACUUCAUUGACUUCAAUAUCACUAAUCAUCAGAAUAAUCUAAACAACAACAAUAAUUUGCAGCAAGCAGGUCCUGCACCCUUUAGUAUCUUCAGUGUCAACUCGUCUGGUAACGGUGGUGGUUCUACAGGACCAACUGGGCCUGGUCACGUAGAGCAAUCUAAAGAUUUAAAUUCGAUUGAGCACAAUGACAUAACGACUCCAGCAAACAGUGAUAUAUUUGGCCUUCAGCAAACACCAAAUGAAUUUUUUGGUAAAGACGAUCAAUCAUUCCAGGCAUUUCCUGCAGAAACUGAUCCAUCAAAGAAAAUUGAUAACGAACCACAAGGUAACCAGGAUGACAUGGAGAUAGACGACUUGUUUGGCGAUGACGGAAGCGAUAUUGAGGUGUUAGAGCCCGAAGAAGCACAAAAGGCUAAUCUGCCAAAUAAGGAACAAGAAAAAUCAAAAGAUGACCCAGUCGAAGACGGAAGAAUUGACAAUUUAUUUGGUGACGAUAUUGGAUACGAAGAGCACAAUGAACCAUCUUCCGUCAAUGAAGCAAAGGGCGAUUUCGACAAUAGUUCGGUUAAAACGCAACUUCCCAAAUGUUUUGAGAAACCUACAUUCAUUGAUAUUCCUAAAGACCAAAUGAUCAAGAAACUUCUGACACCUGAUUACAAUGAUCCUGGUGCUCCUCUACCAAUCAUGCCCACUCCAGUGAUCCCCCAAAGCACUAACUUCGGUUCACAAUCUGCAGGUCCAGGAUCUGGCCCGGCUUUCAAUUCGGGUCCCGCUUUUAGUUCAGCUCCAACUUUUAACUCGGGAUACCCCGAACUCCAGGAUGAAAAACCCACUCAGAAGUCCGUUUUCUCGCCUAUUAUCUUCAACCCAAUAAUUAAGAGCAACAUUGAUACAAAGUACGGCAAGGGUGGUAAAUUUUACGUUGAUAAGGAAUCUUCAGCUGAUCCUGAUAUGGAGAAAAAGAGGAGAAACAUGAGAGCUACCAGUGUUAGUGGAUUCGAACCUCCAUUUAGUAGAGAGGCCUUUAUUGAAGGGGAAAGAUUACAGAACAAGGCAUAUAAUCCCUUGAACAAUCCUACGUUCGAUGAUGAUGAGGAUGAAGAAAGUGGAGCUUCAGAAACAAGUGAGGAAAGUGAUGCUGACGAUGAAAUGGUUGACAAAAUUGGAAUUUCGCCACCCCUCAAAUUAAAUACCACCGAGGAUGUCUUCCAUCCAAAUGGUGCAGGUAUUGGGGUAGCUGGAGUGUCGAACGGAACUGCAAUUCACGAAAAUCAUUUAAACUCAAACAAUUAUGGAUUGAACGACAAAUCCAUGAUAAGUAAUCAAGUUACUGCAUCCUUUGGAUCACCAAGCUCAAACCUGUUCAUGAAGAUUCCUCCACUCAAGCCAGACUCGCCAUUUUAUACUGGAGAUCUUCCUAACAGCAUGUCACCAAUCGACCAUAGUCCUCAACAUCCGAACCAGACACCAUCACAGAACCAGAGCACUCCUUCCAAUCAAGCUCAGAAUACCCCAACACCGAGUCAUACACCAAAUCAAUGGGGCGGAAAAGCUGAAGAUAUCAAAAUAGGUGAAGCUUCCAAUUACUUACCUCUUAUUUUGCGUAAUAUUAAUGUUUCAACGAUUCCAAACACAUUCUUAUUGAACAACUUGAUAAGUGAUCGUCUUAUCCCGCUGUUCACAAUUAAUGUGGACGAUGACCCUGAUAAUGAUUUGGAGCUCACUCAGAAUAAUGAAAUGAUAAUUACAGUGACUCACCUCGACAUAUUCCUUGAAUGCAUUGGCCCAAAUUUGAUCUAUGACUUGGGAUUGAAUUCAAAGGGCCCCCAAAUGGGCUAUUAUAACGAUAAGCUCAAGAAGCUCAAUGAUGCAUGCCAUGAGCCCAUUGAUUAUAAGUUGCCUCCUGCUUCGUUCAAUGAAAGUUUUAAGGCCAUUUUUCCAAACUCGUAUCAAGUGAAGCUAGCAGAAUUUCUUGCUGAUCCGAAAGCACAGGAAGGAAAUCUAGAUAUUGACUCACAAUUGAACUUCUUGGACGAUAUAACCAACGAUGAGGACAUUUUGAACCCCAAUUCAUUGCCUAUUAAGCUCAAGACCUUGGAAUGGAACAGUAUUGACACACAAGAGCUGAAUACUGAAAAUGCAAACAAGUACAUGUCGAUUAUGAGUCAAAUUAAAGAUACACAAAAGAUCAACGAGGAAGAUCAUUAUUUCAAGUUACCCGUAAUCAAGUCAAGAGUAAUGAAAAAUGAAAACAUAGUUAACCUCAACACGAUCGGUUUCAAUUUCUGGAAAUACCUCAACUUCAGCCCUUUAAAAUCACCCAAGAAUUUUCAGAUAUUGCUCAUCAGUGAAGACAAUGGUAGAGGAUCAUCAUUCAAUGGCGAAUUUCUCGACUUGUUGUGCAACAGUUAUAAUGAGAAUAACCUAGGGAACAUUUCAAAGAUCAAUCUCGCAUCAGUUGAAUCCAGGCCAGAUUUGGAGAGUAUUAUUGAUGGCCAACUUCUCAUGUCACACAAUGAAGAUGAUGCAUACAAUGACACAUACAAGUAUAUUAAUAAUAGAUUAAACUCCUUGGUGGAACUUAUCAAGUUGGAUUUAAUCAAUAAGACCAAUAAUUUCGAAUUUGACCGUCCCUUGUGCAUACUUUUUGCCAAUUUUAAUGAGAAAUUCAAUUCGUUGUUGCAAAUAUCGAAGAUCUUCAGGAAUUUUAGGAUCUUCUUGACACAUCACCAGCUUCCAUUAGUUAGGAUUUUCACAAAGAUUAUUCCCGGAAAUUACAUCGUCAAGCAACGCCCUUACCAAAGAAACCAAAUGAGGAUUAUCUCCAACUACAAGUUAUCAAAGUUAUCUUUAAAUUUGUAUAAUCAAUGUCCUACCUGUUCGAGCAACAAUAGGGGGCCAGCCAAUGUUUCUGAUACUAGUCUCUAUACACAAUUGGUCCAGGAACCUCCAACAAAAAUCCAUUUCAAGUUUUUAAAUACAAAUUUGAAAGAUAAUAACUUCAAAGAUGACAUCUUCUUACAUUUAGCAUAUGAGAGGUCAAUUGACAAGAAUUGGAUUUCGGCAGCUUGGUCGGACCCAUUGGGUGUGGUUACACACAGCAAAUCAUGGUACUGUGGGCAGAAUGCAAAAAGAAGUAUUCAUGACUUGGGGGCGAUCAGCGACGAUAUCUGGUCCAUCUCCUGUGAAUGUUUCAAAAAACUAAACGAUGAAAUGGGACGAUCUAGUGGAGGAGGAAUGGGAACAGGUGGAAAUCCAAGUGGAAAGAAGUUUCUCGUUUUAACUCGAGUAAACAACGUCAUUCCUGACGACGAAUUGAUUCAUUGGAAGCGAUUGAGUAUUAAACACAAGGAUGUUUCAUUGAUCGUGCUUUCGGUCAACGAUUCGACAAAGUUGCUAUUCUGUGAUGAUUUGCCAAAUUCAGAUAUCUCGAAUUCCAGAAAUCUCAGUUCCAGUAUCUCAGGACUCGGUAGCUUCGCUGCAUCAAGCAACCUCCAGGCGUCUGUGAAUUCAUUUGAGAAGGAUAGUAACAACGUUGGAUUCAAUUCUUCACCAUUGAUGACUUCUCCAUCACUCGGACUCAACUUUCAUUCCCCUCAACAGUUCUUGAACGUGCCUUCCAACUUCUUGUCUCCAGGAGACUUCGGGCCAGGCUCGACCAACAACAGUGGCGCAGGGGCCGAGGGUAAUUCAAACGAAGGAGCUAGUCUUCCCCAGUCUAUACUUCAUGACUUGGACUCCGACAUGAUGGGUAUCAUACCUAAGGUACCCUUGCCAUCGUUCAAUUCGCCUGCGAGACUAGGAAUGAAAAACGGAUACUUAUUCAAAAGACUCACCAACUCUGUGGUAGACUCUGCGGACAAAUCUCGAUCAUCGUACCUCAUAUUCGAAGUGAACCUUCUCAGUUGCUCGAAUUAUUGGGAUUUGGAAGUUUUGAUGAAGUUAAUCUUGGGUCAUUACAACAAACUUAUUGUGUUAAAUGAUAUUCUCGGUUUGAGGGACUACGAUGGGAACAUCAACAUGUAUGAUUUGAAAGAGGAUCUCAAGAGAGAAGUUGAGCUCGGUAAGUUGAAGUUCGAGGUCGAAGGAAUGAUUCCCUGGCACAUUGCUGCCGUGCGUAAAUCUCUCGGGUACUUGACCCAUAUUUUGGUGGAGGAUAGUUGAAGAAUAAAUUGCAGAUAGCUUAUGUGAAGAAUAUGAUGAACCUCAAAAUAAUACGAACAGGUAGAGAAAACAACUCCCAUUUACGCAAAAGUAGUAUCUAAAUAUAAUCUGUCUGUAUUUAUCAACCUAGAUAUUAUUGAUUUGAGUAUAGUUGUUGGGUUCCCCAGAAAUAUGAUAAAAAUGCAAUGGCUCAUAGGGC